AUGGGCAACAGAGCUCCUUAUGCUGUUUCAUUUCUAUUAAGGUUUAUCUAUGCGGUUAUGCAGAUACUUACUAAAGUUGCUUUUAACCAAGGUACAAGUACAUACGUUCUUGUUUUCUACAGGCAUUUAAUAGGUACCAUGUUCCUACUGCCUAUUGCUUUUGUAAUUGAAAGGAUGUCUGCUUCUCUUAACAUAUCAUGUGUCGGUCUCAAUUAUGCUUCAGCAACUUCUGCUUCUGCAGUACUAAAUCUCCUACCAGUGUUAACUUUCUUUUUGGCUCUUCUAUUGGGAAUGGAGUCUUUGCAAUUAAAGAGCUUCCAUGGGAUUGUGAAAGUUUCUGGUAUAGUGAUUUGUGCGGCGGGUGUUACUGUACUAGCGUUAUACCAAGGACCGGAGCUCAAAUCUAUAGUCCAUCACCCUAUUUUCCGUCACCCAAGUCGAGUUGAUACUCAUCCAUCAAGGAGCUGGAUAUUGGGAAUUCUCCUGCAGUCUCUUGCGACUGUAAUGUUUGCGCUUUGGACAGUGUUUCAGGGCCCUUUGCUGGAGGAGUAUCCGUCCAUGCUGCUUAACACGAGCCUUCAGAUUGUCUUUGCGACUAUCCAAUCAUUUUUUAUGGCUCUAGUGAUGGAGAGGGACUUUUCAAGAUGGAAGUUGGGACUGGAUGUAGGUCUUGUGGCGAUCAUCUAUUGUGGUGUAUUUGUUACCGCAUUGGCAAACUACCUGCAAAUCUGGGUGAUUGGCAGGUGCGGCCCAGUAUUCCUGGCCAUGACAGUACCCCUAAUUUUGGUUAUCACAAUCAUUCUCUCACUUCUUAUAGGAGAAGCUGUUACCCUUGGAAGUGUAAUAAGUGGCGCGCUCAUGGUUGCUGGCCUGUACAAUGUUCUCUGGGGGAAGAGAAUAGAGCAAGUAGCUCUCUGCAAGCAAGGAGGUAGCGGAGAAAAUGGAUCAUGCUUAGAUUUGGAGGAACAAGAAAGCGGUGCACCAGUUCCAGCAACGCGGGAUUCAAUCAAGCCAGUACCAGGUUUGAUGGAGAGAACUGAUACAUCAAGCUGA